CCACACAGCAAUACCAUGGCGGCAUCACUAGCCUGCGCCUUCUUCUUCGAUGCCGAGCCGGCCGGCGAGCCCGGCAAGCACGCGCUGGAUGCGUGUGCGCUCUGCGCCAAGCGGCUGGCGCGCGACAGCGACGUCUUCAUGUAUGGAGGGGACACGCCCUUCUGCAGCGAGGAGUGCUGGCGCGAGCAGAUGCACCUCGACACCGUCUCUGCCAGGCAGGCCACCCGGAGGCUGCAGCGGUUCACGGCAGGGACGGAGUGCCACCGUGGGCAUCGGCAGUCCAGGAAGGUGUCCAUCGCCAGCUAACCGCGGAAAGUUUUGUUUGGAUCGACAAGAUCUGAAUUCUGAAGAAAACAACGUCUGUAUUCUGAAGAACCAUCGAUGUCUCUUUGGAGGCAUCUGAUGUUCCAUCUCUCCGGCUGGUGCUCUAGCCUGGUCUGGUGGAUGUACCAGAUGCAUCUUAGCGCCGCCUACGAGAGGCAAGGCAGCCAGGCAGGGCAGCAUCAGGCGGCACGAAACAUAGGUGCCUGUAGAUUCCCGCAUGUGUUCAGAUGGGAGCAAAUUGUACUUGUUCAGUUCUUCUCGGUCGAUCUGUGCUGUGCCGAUGAAUUAUUUGAUUAGAAAUUAAAACAUAAAAGUAAACACCAUGGAUCUGAAGAGAGCAAUCAGACAUGAUUCACAAUUUGUUUAUCUUCA